ACCCACUACUCGUAGCGUGGACCAAGGACGAUAUCUCCUCUUUCUUUCCCCUUGCUCCGCCUCCCAAACCUUCACUGCCAGUCGAUCCAAGUCGGAUCAUGUCAAGCCCUGACGCUUCGGAGAAUACCAGUUUGCUCCCAGGUAUGUGCCUUCACUCUUGAAUCGAGUAUACUUGUAUACGGGGUUUGAUUGCUAUUAUACUCCACCUACCCUAUCGACCGGCACUUCCUGACCUAGGACCCUCAGAUCCCAUCCCGGGCGGGUAUGGUAUCCACAAGGUUCUGAUGAGGAUCUUUGCCCACUUCACCUUCCUAGUUGCAUCUACUGUCAUUCCCGUCCUCACCUACUAUACUGUUGGCGGAGGCAAAACAAUCUCUGUUAGCCCCUGCAUCCCUAUCCUUUACUAUAAGAACUAACAUGCGCCAGGAUAUCAGUGACGAGAAUCCAACUUGGUUCACUAUUGAACCUGGAUUCGUCAUCUUGUAUUGGUGCAUCAUGAUGCUUCUCCAAACUAAAUACGUCCUCGGAUUUUCCUCUAUGAGAUGUGAAGAACUCUAUCUACUCCUCUUGGAAAUCCUGUACUAAUCACAUCACAGGCUGCACGGAAAUGGGGUGUCAAAGGCCUGCUCGCCUGGGGAUAUCCUUCAUCUUGUUUGUCAUCCUCAACUGUUUCCGGAGCCCUCUAGAUUAAUGAAGUGUGAAGGCACAAUAUCUUUACCAUCCUUUGGGCUUUCCUUUUCGCUCACUCGCUCUCCGGAUGGAGCGAAUCAAUCUUAUUUCUCAAUUUUAUCCAGCUUUGCAUUGGAUGUGGGAUGGAUCAUGAGAGCUUGCUGGGGAGACUUCGACUUGAGGGAACUUGUCGGGGUCAAGGGGCUCGGCCAGUCAGCUACCGGUGCCUGUAGGGAAUAAUUGAUCAUUCCUGAACAGAUUCCGGGCUAAUUAUGAUGAUAGGUGCGAGUUUAGGUUUAUUAAUAGGCUCGCUGUUCUUUCCCUUCCACUUACCCUUACGGUCUACAUGAUCCCUUGGAACAUUGCUGUCGACGUAUAUAAUCCUUUCGGUAGUAAAUUAAUUUUUUCCAGUUUUCUAACCCAAGCGCCAACAGCUCUCCCGCCAAGAGAGCAUCUCCCAUGAUAUUGCAAUAUUUGCGAUUUUCCUUCUUGACCUAUAUGGCUCGGUAUUCAUGCAUCUUCAGGACUGCGCCGUCGGAUUUGCUUCAGCCUUUCUGGCUAUCGGACUCCUGGUCCAACAGUGGGGUAACCCGGACAAGUGGUACGCCUGGCUCACCGUGGUUUAUGCGGUCGUGACAUGCAUAUACUCCAUCUUGGCUGCAAUAAUUUAGUAUGGCUGUAGCUUUAGAGAUAGAUGAAGUGGCUAGAUUCGAGUGGUGCUAGACGGAGGUUCGUUGGAUCGCAGGGAAGUGGGGGAAUAUCUUAUGUGGGUCCCCACUUGUGAAGGAGCCUUAUUCGGGAGUGGAGAUUUUUGCGGCUAGACUAUUCACGGCUGGUUGUUCAAUGGAAGGUAAUAUUCCAGCCUUAUUUUACUUCCAUGGGAAUAAAUUUCUUUCAGCUUCUCCGCCUAUUACUAGACAUAUGCAAUUGACCUAUGGUCCUGGAGCAUCCCAUGAACUCUCCCUAAACACCAAGAUCCACAGGGUUAGGGAUAUCUUGCGCUGUCCAAAAGGCUUAGGCUACUGUACUUUCACAAUCCCAAACUAUGAAA